GUAACCGGCUGCUGCCCGAUGCGAGCGAGCGACGUGUGUGUAGCGACGCGUGCGCCCUUGAACGUGGUCGACUGCGACGAGAGGAAGAAAAAGAAAGCCACCACGGCCGCACAAGGAGGGAUACCGAAGUUGCGGCUUAUUCGCACGUUGGAUUUCUCGCCGGUCGGUUGCAGCAGCCACGCUCUCCGGUCGCUUCGACUUAUGAGAACUGUGCCAAAGAUCUCUUCACUAUGGACUUGAAAAUCCUUAUUGAUCCGACCUACCUGUCAACUAGAGACAACCUCAGGAGAUAGCAGGAGGGGCCCCGAUGGGAGACAGCCUUUACCGUGGUUGAACAUCACUACAGGCGGCGUCAAUGUUCGGCACUCUAGAGCCAUGCGAGAGGCCCCUACCGUUCCCACAUGGCUUUGGCUCUGGCUACUGGCUUGGGGCCCGGGCUCUCGGGCCUGGAAACGGGACGAGAUGCCAUCGCACAGCCGGGCACGAACCCUCGACUCACUCUACAUUUCGCCGCAGUACGCCGUCGCCCUGACCGUUGGCAGGGGCAAAUUGUUGGCCGCCUGGUCGCGCAACAACUGCGGCAUCCAGCACACCAGCGACGGUGGCCUGGUCAUAACCGGGCACCAAUGCUACGAAGUGCCGACCGUCGACAUGUCCACGUGGCCCGUGCCGGCAUCUGGCAUUGCGAUGCACCUCACGUCAGUGCGCUACCUCUCUGAGAGGAGCUUCGCAGGCUACGGUCCUAAACACCAUGUGCGCCGCUUGGAGAUGCUGCAGAACAAGAUCACCAACAUUCGCCGGAGGUCGUUUGUCGGCUUCUCCAACGUCACUUUCCUCAACCUGGCCGACAAUCCCAUCAAGUUCCUGUCCGGCGAGUCCUUCAUCGGCCUCGACAGCCUGAAGGUUUUGAUAUUGUUCAGGACGUGGCUGCACGAGUUUUCUACUGUAGUGGCAGCUAUCAGUCCUCACGUGCUGCCCAGUCUCGAGAUCCUGAAUCUUGGCGGCACGCAGAUAUGGCGCAUAGAGGAGCACGAUCUGGUUCCCAUGGAAAACUCGUCGCUCAAGCAUCUCCAGAUCAACCUCUGUGACACGCUGGCCUUCAUGCACCCUCAUGCAUUAAAGCCUCUCAAGCAUUUAGAGGGCUUUUACUUCAGGGACAAUCUGAACAUGCAACUCGAGAACAUUGUCGACGUCAUCACCAACAUUACUCAAGAAACUUUUCGAGUUAUUGACGUCAGUCAGCCAGUUUCGAAGACAGCAACUUACACAAUCUUAGAAGCAGUGUCUAGUACAACGGCGGAAAUCGUGAUUUUUAUUCGGCUUACAGACGCUACCUUAACCAAAGACUUCUUUCCCCUCAUGCCGCGAGUGAAGUGCAUAGUGCUAGAGUCUGGGAAGAUAAGGGACUUCAAACCGAAGGCUGUAGCCAACCUUCCGAAUCUUGAAGAAAUAAGCUUUGUCAGGAACCAGUUUCUAGGGAUACCUUCUGGAAUCCUGGAACCAAGACUAAAGGUACUGGACUUGAGUGGCUAUGAUCGGGGUUUUAUUCAACUAGAUGUUCCUGACUAUGUAUUUGACAAAAUGUCUAACCUUAGAGAACUUUAUCUCCGUUACAAAGCAUUACCUUCACUAACAGAGUUUACAUUCUGGGGUCUGGUAAGAUUAGAGAACUUGGACUUGAAGAAAUGCUCUAUAGAUUCACUCCCUGAAGGAGUAUUUAAGCAUCUUAGUAAGCUUAAGCACAUCGAUCUCAGUCGAAACCCCAUAUUUCGCCUCGGCUCCUCUGUUAAUAUGAGGGCGUUUCAAGGGAUAAGCUCUUUAAGGACUCUCAUACUUUCAGAUACCAAACUAACAGACCUCACGACGUCAUUAUCAUUUGAAGAUCUUCAGAGCUUAGAAUACAUGGACCUGUCGAACAACUCAAUAUCAGUGCUUCCCGACGGCUUCUUCAAAACAAGCCAUAACCUCGAGCACCUCAAUCUACGUCAAAACCUCAUAGACAGUUGGAAGCCAGCAAGGUCAUCCCUAGAAAAGCUUAAGAGUUUAGAUUUGUCGGUUAAUAAAAUCCGGUAUCUCGAUCCCGACGCUUUGGGAAGCUUUGACCGCCUUCACAUCCUAGACCUCUCUGAAAACGUUUUUUCGUGCACGUGCGGCAUCCGCCAUUUCCUGGAGUGGUUAAAGGAUACGAACGUCACGGUACGUUAUAUGCCGUACACUGCGCUGUACGCGUGCAGCGAUCCUCUGGAGCUGGACGGGAGGGCUAUCCUCUCCGUCGGCUCUCUCCUGCAACGAACGUGUAAGCCCACCGUGCUAGUAAGCAUCGCGUGUGUGGGCCUCGUUAUUCUAGUCUUCAUCAGCCUGCUCAUAGCUGGCUACAUUUACAGGCACCGCUUCAACCGCUGGCUUCGGUCGCAGUCCACGGCAUGUUCUGCCGCCAACAAGGCGUACUUGUACGACGCAUUCGUCUCCUACUGCAAUAGUGACACUCAGUGGGUCAUCAGCAGGCUGCUGCCCCAGCUCGAGUGCAGCACUAUAGGAAACCUUAAGCUUUGCGUCUACGACCGAGACUUUAUUGCCGGACGCAACAUUAGCGAAUGCAUCCUGGAGAGCAUUAAGCAGAGCCGAAAGAUUAUCUUGGUGCUCUCCAACAGCUUCCUUCUGAGCCCUUGGUGCAAGUUCGAAACGGACCUCGCACAGUACACGCUUCUCGAAGAGAACCGCGACGCCUUCAUCCUGCUCAAGAUAUCUCGCCUCGACGAGACGCUUCUGUCGCCAAAACUGAACUACCUGCUCAAGACGCGUAUCCACCUGAGCUGGUCUCAGUCGCCCAAGGAGGAAGUAGCUUUCUUCAACAAGCUGCACAAGGCUUUAGCAGACGACGGACCUCGACCUUGCUGUGAAGAAAGAGCGCCGGUUGCCAUUAAAAAGUUUAUAUUUUUCAAGAAAAUCAAGAGGAAAGCCACCGUGGUCUAGUUCAGGUUCAUAAUUUUAUCGAGAUCAUGUGUUCAUUGCUGCGUGCUAGGAAAUGUGUCAUGUGUGCUGCACGUAGUCAUGCGAGUGAGCAAGUCAAAUGUUUGUUGUUUGUUGCACGUACUUCGUGGUAAAUAAAGCUGGUGCUUCUUUUCAGAA